AUGAAUCAACUUGGGCGAUUUGCAUGGAUCAUUGGACCAUGCGUCCUGACAACUGGCUCGCUCAUAUGCCUUAUUAUCGUUGCCCUGGGUUGCAGAGACGCUAACAAGGCCGAACGUUUAUAUUCCUUCCGUUUCGAGCUCAAAAAACUGACAACUUCGCCUAACUCCGUGGUUAGCGCCGGACUCUGGAACUAUUGCGCCGGCGAUAUUACCGCAGAUAGUACCUAUAGCACGACCUACUGCUCGACUCCCCAGGGCGGCUUCUGGUUUGACCCGGUCGAUAUUUGGGGUCUCAAAGGAGCCGAUAUGCGGUAUGCUAUGCCCAGCGAACUUCAAAGGGCGCUCAGCGUCUAUCGCACUGCCUCACUAGGGAUGGAGAUCUCAUAUCUUCUCGCCAUCUGCGCCAACAUUUUAGGAAUCGUAGUUGGUCUCCUAACCGGCUUCUGUCGCUUGGGAAUCUGCUUUACGUGGCUGCUGACCGGCAUAUCGCUCCUAUUCACAACGGCUGCCGCUGUUACUUCUACUACGCUCUUCUCCACUCUUGCAGGCGUACUCAAGCUCACCUUGAAGCCGUACGGCAUUUACGGCCACCUGGGCAAGAACAUAUACGGAGCGACCUGGCUUGCGGUGGCCUUGUCUUUUCUAGCCACUAUGGUCUGGCUGGUUGAUUGUUGUUGUGCCCCCGGUAGAAAUACACACCAUUCGCAGGAAAGAAAGCCUCUGGCUGGCUUGGAGCAUGAUAAGUCUUACAAUUACAACUCUCUUCCUGCGGCUGGAGUUCUGAAAACAUCCUAUCCACCUUCUCCACCUCCUCUCUUUCCUCCUUCGCAGGGUCCAGGGCUGCACCUGUACCCUAUGAAUCAAGUACCGCAGCAUCGUGGACCAUCUGGUACUUUUGAGCUGCAUCGCCAUGCCUGA